AUGAAGCUGAAACUGGCACUAAAUGCUUCAGAAUCCCAAGAAGACUAUAAACUACUGAAAUCUGCGCUUUCAACGGUAGCUUCGCUGCGAAGAACGGCCGUGUUACGGUUCACAAGUGAGAGAUUGGUCAUAAUAUCAACACCUGGUUUGCCUUCCAAUAGUUCAAGUAUUCUUGGUGAUACGGGACAACUCUGGUGUACAAUUCCUCGAGAUAUCUUUACGCUCUACAACGUAGUGAGUGCGAGAGACCUGAACACCAUCGCGAUGGAGUGCAGUUGCGACGCGCUGCUAAACGUUUUCAAAAAGUACGACGCCGUUAUAAGCCAAGGAACUAACGGCACUAUGACAAUAAAACUGCAGAGUAUGCCAGAGUGGAAUGUUACACCAUUGUUAUCCGGAGACGUCGGUGGUAAGAAUGGAGCUAACGGUGGUGGCAGCAGUAGUUCGAAACCAAAUCCGGUAUGCGCUUUGGGCAUAACUUUUGAAGAGGUUGUACAUCGUGCAACAGGUGGAAGAAUGGGCACUACAAGUAUUAGCAAUACCGGAACUUCUAAGUUUAUUGCGCAUUCUUUCAAAAUCCCUGCGAAACUAUUGUUCAAGGCGCAAGAUUCACGCAUACAGGAGCCCAUGGUCAAUUAUUCGCAACUUCUGAUGUACCGGUUGCCUGCGCCACAAGGAGAGUGGGGCCGCGGAUUUUCAAAUUUUAUUCGGCGAAUCGAGAGAUACACCACGGUGCAAAAUGUGAAAUUGAGUGGUAAGGGAGGACAUGGAGAAUCUGCGGAUAGACAACGUGAUUUUGGACUAGCACUUAUUGUCAAUGAACUCGAUUGGUAUCUUGAAAUUUGUUGGAAUGGGCCGCUUGAAGUGGUUCCUCAGCCGCAAAAUGGGGAAUCUGAGGCGCAUAGUCAACCUGAAUUUACCAGUAUCGACGAUACGAGCCCCUUGACGGCUCUCAACGAUUCGGAACCGGGAACUGAAGACAAUUCAGUCUACGAGGUCGUUUUAAAACGCAAGGAUUGGAAAGUCUGUGGCAAAUUAUACGAAGGUUUUGAAGACGUUGUGCUUGCCAUAUCUCAUGAUGAGUCGUGUGUAUUCCAUUGCUCUUUGAGCCGAAAUAGCGUAGACGAUGAAGGGCAGGAAAAGAAUCGAGAACAAGGGCAGGUGAUAUACUAUAUGGCUAGAGCAAGAAGAAGUGGAUGA